CUCUCUCUCCCCCAAUUUGGAAAACAGCUAUAAGAUUAAUUGCAUCCAAGUCAGCAAACUCCAUCUGGAGAGGGCCGCAAAGUUAACAGAGCCCCCCCUCCAUCCUUCUCUUUCAUUCAUAUGUAAUUCCUCUCUCUCUCUCUCUCUGGUUUGAGACAGCAAGAAAAACAGAGCCCCAACCAAAUGAAAAGAGGUCCUCCUCCUCCUCCUCCUCCUCCUCCUCCUCCUCCUCCUUCAUCUUCAUCUUCUUCGAGUACGCCUUCUGGGUCCGAUCCUAAUGACCCAUCGGAGCGAAAGCCGAUACGGAGACGCGCCCGGAGAGCUCGGAACGCCGGCGAGCCUCCGAAUGGUCAUGAGCAGAGCUCGUGCAGGAGGAGGAGGAGGAGCUCCAUUUACAGAGGAGUCACCAAGCACAGAUGGACGAAGAGAUUCGAAGCCCACCUCUGGGAUAAGACCUACAGCUCCGGAAGCAAAAGAGGACGACAAGUUUACUUGGGGGCAUACGAUAGUGAGGAGGCUGCUGCUCGUACGUACGACCUCGCUGCCCUAAAAUACUAUGGACCCCACGUCUUCCUCAAUUUUCAGAUCAGCGAGUAUGAAAAGCCGCUCGAAGAGAUGCAGAGCCUCUCUCGAGACGAGUACCUGGCGUCACUGCGGCGGCACAGCCAAGGAUUCUCCAGAGGAGUCUCGAAAUAUCGCGGUGUGGCCAGGCACCACCGUAAUGGGCGAUGGGAGGCUCGCAUUGGAAGAGUACAUGGCAACAAGUACAUCUACUUGGGCACCUACGGCACUCAAGAGGAGGCCGCGGAAGCCUACGACAUGGCGGCGAUCCAAUACAGAGGGGCGAACGCCGUCACCAACUUCGACGUCGGCAUCUACGUCGACCGCCUGAAGAAGAAAGGCAUCCGCAUCGAUCGCUUCGGCUCCGACCAACCGCCCCAACCGCUUCGCAAUGUGGAUUCCAAUGACGACCGAAGUCGGUCGCGUUCACCUGCCCCCGUGCCGCAACAGCAGCCCCGACCACCUCGAAUCGAAGCUUCCGCCGCCGGAGAUGGCGAGCUUCCGUGGAGCUGCUCCGACGACAUGGGCUUCGCGCAGCUGCCGAUUCCCAACCUGCCAGAUUUGUUCGACGAGAUCGACGGAUUCGAAGACGACAUCGACUUGAUCUUCCAUCCAGAGUCCGGGAAAGAGAUCGUCCACGGGAGUGCAUUGAUGGAGACAAGUGAGUCGAGCUCUGGAGCUGAUAAAGUGGACGGCAGUGCUGCUGGCGGCGGCGGCAGCGGCAGGACCCAAGAAGUUGCUGUCAUCAUCGGGGUUGUUGUCGUCCACGACAACCGUGGCCUCGACGGCGUCGGCCGUUUCUUGUCUCUCUUGCGUUUGAGCUUUUGAAGGCGAAAAAGACGUGGAGAGAUUUUGCAUGCAUUUUGUGAUUCCGCAACUUGUUGCACCGGUGGUCAAUACUCGAAUGAGAUCUUUCAAUUACUUUUUGACA